CCUCUCGCUAUCUCUCUCUCGCUCUCCUCAUAAAUCCCUUUGAAAACAAGAAAAUAUCUUAACUUUGUAUAAAAACAGAACAAAAAAACAGAGGAUCAUGGUUAUGUAUGAAGAGGAUUUUGUGUUGAACUCACGAGGCAUGAAGUUGUUCACUUGUCUAUGGAAACCAGUGAAGCAAGAAUCAAAGGCAUUGGUCUUCCUCUGCCAUGGCUACGCUAUGGAGUCCAGCAUCACCAUGAACAGCACAGCCACAAGGCUAGCCAAGGCCGGUUUUGCGGUCUAUGGAAUGGACUAUGAAGGACAUGGAAAAUCCGAGGGUCUGAAUGGUUACAUCAGUAACUUUGAUGAUCUCGUUGGUGAUGUCUCUAAUCAUUAUUCUACAAUUUGUGAGAAGGAAGAGAACAAGGGGAAGAUGAGGUUCCUACUCGGAGAAUCCAUGGGAGGGGCAGUUGUGUUGCUCUUAGCCAGAAAGAAUCCUCAUUUUUGGGACGGUGCCGUUUUGGUCGCACCCAUGUGUAAGUUAGCAGACGAGAUAAAGCCACAUCCAGUAGUGAUCUCAAUUCUUAUUAAACUUGCCAAGUUUAUUCCGACGUGGAAAAUAGUUCCAGGAAACGAUAUUAUUGACAUUGCAAUUAAAGAACCUCACAUCAGAAAUCAGGUGAGGGAGAACAAGUAUUGCUAUAAAGGCCGGCCUCGCCUCAACACCGCCUACCAACUCUUGUUGGUUAGCUUAGAUCUCGAGAAGAAUCUUCACCAGGUAUCUAUUCCUUUCAUUGUUCUUCACGGAGAAGAUGAUAAAGUGACGGACAAAAGCGUAAGCAAAAUGUUAUACGAAGUGGCUUCAAGCUCGGACAAGACAUUCAAGUUGUACCCCAAAAUGUGGCAUGCGUUGUUAUAUGGAGAAACUUCUGAAAAUUCAGAAACUGUGUUUGGUGAUAUCAUAAACUGGCUGGAGGAUAGAGCCACCGAUUCGAACAGAGGGUUAGAGAGUCAGCUAAAACACAAGCAUGAUGGAUUCUUGAAGCAUAAAUAAGUGAACGAUACAGUCUCUUUUUUUUGGGCAGCCGUUUGUGUACUUGUGUAUGUUACAUACUUUACCUACGAAGUUACUUGUGAAAUAAGUAGUGAAGUUUAUUAUAUUUA